UGUUCCCGUCCCUAUGCUUAAGGGUUACCACAAGGUUCAACAAAAACUUACCCGUGAACUUGAAAAGAAAUUCUCUGAUCGUCACGUUGUCAUUAUUGCUCAACGCCGUAUCUUGUCUGUUCCCGGUCGUCGUAACCAAGGUAAGCAACCUCGUCCCAGAUCUCGUACCUUGACUGCUGUCCACGAUGCUAUUUUGGACGAUAUGGUGUACCCUACCGAAAUUGUUGGUAAGAGACUCCGUCAAAAGGUUGAUGGUUCCAAGACCCUCAAGGUUCUCCUUGAUGCUAAGGAUGCCACCAACCUCGAAUAUAAGCUCGACACCUUCUCUGCCGUUUACAAGAAGCUUACUGGCAAGGAUGUUGCUUUCGAAUUCCCCGCCAACACUGAUCUCUUCUAAGCAGAGGACAAUACUUCUACAUAAUGCAACAUUUUCGUUAUUUUUAAAGCUUUCACUUUUAUUGUUGUCAUGAAUUAAAGGGAAGACCAUAUGUAUAUAAUACAUAUCUGUUCAAUAGAAACAG